AUGUCAGCACCCGUAAAAUACCAAUAUCUCAUCUCAAGGACGGGUGAUAUUGUCUUUUCUUUGACUGUGGGUACCCUGGCUUACUUUGUCAAUGAACGCGAGAAUCCUCAAGCACAGAAUGGCAAGACGGUAAUGGAAAUGCUGUCUCGACGACGACAAAAGAUAGUACAGGAACGAGAGCAGAGAAGGAUCGCACGAGGAGAAUCAUCAGACUAG